UCUCAGUUCACUGUUUCCCGUCGAUCGGUCGGACCUAGCUGCAGUUCCACACACCAAAAUGGCGUCACGGGAUGAUUCGGUGAGGGAGUUUGUUGCAGUUACCGGUGUUGAGGAGGAGAGAGCCCGUUUUUUCCUUGAAUCGGCUGGCUGGGAUUUGCAGCUCGCCCUAGCCAGUUUCUUUGAGGAUGGAGGAGAUGAUGAUAUUGUGACUCUUCCUCAGCCAGAAAGCGGCCCUGCGCCUCGAUCCUCAGGACCAAGUGAACACAGAGUGACUUCCUUCAGAGACUUGAAGCAUGAAGAUGAAGAGGAGAGUGAUGAAGAAGGUCAGAGGUUCUUCGCUGGUGGUUCAGAACGCAGUGGUCAGCAGAUUGUUGGUCCACCCAAGAAGAAGAGCACAAAUGAGGUGGUUGAGGACUUGUUCAAGGGCGCUAAAGAGCACGGUGCUGUUCCAGUUGACAAAGCAGGCAAAGGACUCGGAGAGUCUAGCAGAGCUAAGGUAUCAUAUACUCGUGUAUUGGGCAUGUGCUGUGAACACAAGCCAUUUGUAGGAGGAGGAUAUCGUCUGGGUGUAGCACCAGAUGAGGAGUCUGCCUUUGUGGCUGGAGAGAGGAGAUCCUUAGGCAGUUCUCAAGAUGUACAUGUGGUGCUGAAGCUGUGGAAGACCGGAUUCAGCCUUGAUGAUGGAGAGCUAAGAAACUACAGUGAUCCUGGGAAUGCUCUCUUCCUGGAGUCCAUCCGCAGGGGGGAGAUUCCUCUGGAGCUGCGGCAGCGCUCUCGCAGUGGGCAGGUGAAUCUGGAUAUGGAAGACCACAGGGACGAAGACUUCAACAAACCCAAGCUUUCCUUCAAGGCUUUUACUGGGGAGGGUCAGAAACUGGGCAGUGCCACUCCAGAAUUGGUGUCUGUCCCUAGAAUGGAUCAGGCAAAUCAGGCUGCGAGUGAGGCUCAGGCCUGUGCAGCUAUCAACCUGGACGAGUCGCAGCCCGUCACCAACAUACAGAUCAGACUGGCUGAUGGAGGACGACUGGUGCAGAAGUUUAACCACACCCACAGGGUCUCUGAUAUACGCCAGUUUGUGGUGAACGCUCGACCAGCCAUGGCUGCAACAGAGUUUGUGCUCAUGACGACUUUCCCCAACAAGGAGCUGACGGAUGAGAGUCAGACGCUGAAAGAGGCCAACCUGCUGAACGCGGUCAUUGUACAGCGGCUAAAGUGAUGGUGCCUUCUAGUGGCGCCUUUAUCACAGCACUCUGAGUUUCCUACUCAACAGGGGACACAAGGACUUGAGGACUUCAUUACUUAAAUUUCGUGAUAUUUUCUCUUUGCCAGUUUGUGAUGGUGUUGCAGUUUGCAUAUGACAUGAGUUGUUGGAAAAUAAAAUAAUUCCUGUGAAAUGUUUCACAGCAAGUACAGUAAUACCUUGAUAUAAAAGCAUAAUCCGUUCCAGCUCAUAACGCAAGGUGCUCGUAUCUCAAAUCAUUUUUUCCCAUAAAAAAACAAAAGAAAAUUAAUCUGUUCCGGCCCUCUAAAAAACUCCCUUAUUAGUGGUAACAAUGAAAAAUACAUUUUUAAUUGCUAUAGAGACAUACACACAAAAAACUGAAAAUUUAUAUAUCCUCCUGCUUUAGGAUGGUACAUAUCGUGGAUGUACUGCGAUCAUACAUGCGUGCUAGAUCACUCACAUGGGCACCAUGCUCAUAUUUAUCGACAAUUUCAUGCUUUAUUUCCAUGGUUGUAGCGGACCCCAUCCUAAUAACGGCCAGAACUUUACUGAUAGUCUUAAUGAAGUUUUAAUGAGCCUUGAUAACUCAAACAGAUCACUGUUAGAGCUAACAAACAGGUGGAAAAUGCGUAUUAGUCUAUAUGUUCAUAAACACUUUCCAUAACCGUGACAAAUAUAAUGUCAUUUACUAAAAAUCAACAGUUUAAAUAUAUGAACAUACACACCUUAUGCCUUUUUGGGGUGGUGCUAACAAAAAUAUAAAACUUUAGGGCUGAGAACCAUAGUGCAGUAAUGCUUUUCACAACUGUGAUCCGUGACUGCAAUGUAUGCCACCACUUUUCAAAACAAGAGUCCCACAUUUAUCAAAAUAAAACAUAAUAUAGCUCCAAAAACUCAAAAUAUGCCAAAGGUUAUUUAAACAAAUUAAAUAUUCAAAUAUGUCUGCUACAAUGGUCAUCAUGCGUUUCUUCUCACUACCAUCCUUGCCACUCACUUUCUUAGGACUCGUCACUAUUAUGACGAAUAAUGCACAAAAUAGAGAGAAAAAUCACGUAGAUAACGCAAACAAUACGGAAGACUGGCGGUAGAUGUGUACGGAAGUUGAUGAACACGUGAACAAGUGAGGCGGUGUGGGCUGCUCCAAGCGUCGGCGUCUGUAAGCAUGCUCGUAUCUCAAAGCAAAAAUUAGCUCAAAGGCUUGCUUGUAUCUCGGAAUACUCAUGUCGGAACGCUCGUAUCACAAGGUAUUACUGUAUAAAGUUUCCCACCAAACCAAUUAAACCAACUAGAAAAACAUAUCCAAACUGAAAAUAAAGAGCUUUCUAAGA